AUGUACGUCGCCCGUCCCCAGGGGGUUAAAUCAUAUAAAGAUGCAUUAGAUCAUCAAAUACGUUUACAAUUUUCUAAUAAUAAUAAAUUAGCAUUAAUUUAUAAUAAUAUUGGUUAUGUGUAUUUACAACAAGAACAUUUUGAAGAAUCAUUAGGCACCAUCUAUAUAUAUAUCGUGAUUGAAAAUUUAAAUGAAGCUGAGCAUUUACUAUUACGUGAAUUAAAAUCCAAUCGGCAACAUUUAAGAUCAAUUUAUUGUAAUGUACGACAAGUUUAUUAUGAACAACAAAAUUAUGAUACAGCUGUAAAAUUUUAUGACAGAAACAUAGUCUUAAAAUUACACAUGAUGCUUUAG